AUGUCUCUCCCCGACGGCGACACACAAGAGCGUUCGACGUUUACGGCAUCCUUGGCUACAUUCAAUGCAACGCCACCGGAACCUUUCACGUUCAAGACGCCGAAUGACUGGCCCACUUGGAGGAAACGCUUUCUACGUUUCCGUGCUGCCUCUGGCCUCAACGACAAGGCUGAGUUAAGCCAAGUAGAUGCACUGAUCUACAUUAUGGGUGAGCAAGCGGAGGACAUAUACGCCACGCUGAAGCUUAGUCCCGAAGACGCACGCAAGUUCGACAAGGUGCUAGAAGCGUUCGAUGCCUACUUCGUUCCGCGCCGCAACAUCAUCUUUGAACGUGCAAAGUUCAACACGAGAGUACAACACGAUGGGGAAUCUGUGGAGGAAUUCGUGACUGUCCUGCAUUCAAUGGCAGACUUAUGCAACUAUGGAGCGUUGCGCGAAGAACUGAUUCGCGACAGACUGGUUGCAGGCCUUCGAGACAAGAAAGUUUCGGAACAACUACAGCUCGACUCCGAACUCACUCUACAAAAGGCUAUCACAGCUGCUCGCCAGCGAGAAACUGUCCGGCUGCAGCAAGCUGAACUUCACAAAGGCAAUGACGCUACAGUACAUCGACUAACGACGCACAAAGUGUCACCGGGGUCCGAUUCAAGGAGACUGGCAACCAGGAAGAUUCACGCAGGCACAACCGGUCCUUCUUCAAAGUCAGCUUCCCAAAAGCUCUGCCGGUGGUGCGGCCGUGACAGGCACGCAAGACAGGACUGCCCAGCAAAAGACAAGAUAUGCUCCAAAUGCAAGAAGAAGGGGCACUUCUCAUAA